CUUCAGGAGUUAUUCUUGCAGCGUUCGUCCACGUGUUAUUGAUGCGCCUGUGCGCAUGCGCCUCUUGUCCGGCCCGGUGUGUGUAUGAUGGCGGCGUAUGUGGAGAUACUGAAGAACGAGUUUCCACAGAUCGACUCUGAACUCUUCGAUUAUAUCACUGGCGUGUUGGACAGUGGCGGCUCAGAUUUCGAGGAUGCGGAGGAAGUGUUUGAGGCCAUCGGCGGCGUUCUGCAAGAGGUCGGUGACAAGAAUGAAGACGACAUUCGACAAAUCUGCUUCCAGAUGUUCAACACACUCCAGCUGACUAAGUGUGACUCUGGUCAGCAGCAGAUGCUGCUAGAGGCUCCAGUGCAGUUAUCGCAAGUGUCUGCUGACACAGCAUCAUCCGCUAAUGAUGUUCAUGGUAUCUGGAUGAUGAAGAGGAAUCCGAGUACAACUGUGGAUGCCAAGAAACUAGAGAAAGCUGAGGCCAAACUGAAAGCCAAACAUGAGCGCAGAAAUGAGAAAGACUCACAGAAAACAUCAUCUGUACUGGUUUUGGAGGAGGCCUCGGCCAGUCAGGCGAGCAAUAAGAAAGAAAAUCGUGUCGACUCGUCUGGGAAGAAUCGGAGUUAUGACAUCCGUAUUGAGAAUUUUGAUGUGUCUUUUGGUGAACGAUGUCUGCUGCAGGGCGCUGAACUGUCUCUGGCCAGCGGCAGGCGCUAUGGUCUUAUUGGGCGUAACGGGCUCGGUAAGACCACUCUGUUGAAGAUGUUGGCGAGUCGGAGCCUACGCGUCCCUUUGCACAUUUCCAUUCUGCACGUGGAGCAGGAAGUGGCCGGAGACGACACCGUGGCUCUGCAGAGUGUUCUAGAGAGUGACACCGUUCGAGAGGAGCUGCUGAAGGAAGAGCGUUCACUCAACGCACAUAUCGCCAAUGGAACUGCAGAUGGGCUAGAAAGUGUCCGUCUUUCUGAAAUUUAUGCUAAACUGGAAGAAAUUGAAGCUGAUAAAGCGCCUGCCAGAGCAUCAGUUAUCCUUGCUGGUUUAGGCUUUUCAUCCAAGAUGCAACAGCAAGCAACCAAGGAGUUCUCUGGAGGCUGGAGGAUGAGGUUAGCUUUAGCAAGAGCCCUGUUUGCACGGCCUGAUCUUUUGUUACUUGAUGAGCCCACAAACAUGUUGGACGUAAGAGCCAUUUUGUGGCUGGAAAACUAUUUACAAACAUGGCAGUCCACCAUCCUUGUGGUGUCUCACGAUCGUAACUUCUUGAAUGCCGUGGUAACAGACAUCAUACACCUGCACUCCCAGCGGCUGGAGAGUUACCGCGGCGAUUAUGAGAACUUCAUCAAGACCAAAGAAGACCGACUGAAGAACCAGCAAAGAGAAUAUGAAGCUCAGUUACAGUACAGAGAACAUAUACAGGUGUUCAUUGACCGCUUCAGAUAUAACGCCAACAGAGCCGCUCAAGUGCAGAGCAAACUCAAGCUGCUGGAGAAACUGCCUGAACUCAAGCCCCUAGUGAAGGAGUCUGAAGUCAUCUUACGUUUUCCAGAUAACUUUGAGAAGCUGUCUCCCCCAAUCUUGCAGCUGGAUGAGGUGGAGUUCGGCUACUCGGCUGACCAGCGGCUCUUCAGCGGCCUCAGCGUCUCGGCUGAUCUAGAAUCCCGUAUUUGCAUCGUGGGUGAGAAUGGAGCUGGUAAAUCCACUGUUCUGAAGCUGCUAAUGGGAGAGUUGACUCCUAUCAAUGGUGUCAGAUACGCCCACAGAAACUUGAAGAUUGGUUAUUUCAGUCAACAUCACGUGGAUCAACUAGACCUCAAUGUCUGCUCAAUAGAACUGCUGCUGAAGAGAUUUCCUGGUCAAACAGAGGAAGAGUACCGUCAUCAGCUGGGUCGCUAUGGCAUCACGGGUGAACUGGCCACACGACCGGUGGCGAGUCUGUCAGGAGGACAGAAGAGCCGUGUGGCUUUCGCUCAGAUGACCAUGCCCUGCCCCAACUUCUACAUUCUGGAUGAACCGACAAAUCAUCUGGACAUGGAGACGAUUGAGGCCUUGGCAAAAGCCCUCAACAAUUUCAAAGGUGGUGUGGUUCUGGUAUCCCACGACGAGCGUCUAAUACGGAUAGUUUGUAAGGAGCUCUGGGUUUGUGAGGCCGGGCGAGUGCACCGCGUGGACGGAGGCUUUGAUGAGUACAAGGAUAUCUUACAGGAACAGUUUCGUCGGGAAGGAUACUUGUGAUGGUCUCCUUGAGACAUCUGUUUACCUGCUCUGCAUUACAAACACCAAAACUGCCAUUUGAUGAGAGCGUCCAUAGUCUUGCGGCCAGCAGGUGGGAUGUUCUUACUUGCCACUUGGAUGUUCUUACUCAAAACCCAUUCAAAUGCCCUAAAUCAUGCAGCUCAGACACAUCCUCUGAGUUCAAGGCUGGACACUUCCAGAACUUUUAUGUAGAACGACAUAUUAAAGAUGAAAAAAAGGCGAAGCGGACAUAUUCACUAACAGAUGUUAUACUCCAUACUGCUUUUAAAAAUCACUCAAAACACAGUAAUAAAAUUAUAACUGUCCAACAUUUUUAA